CAAGCGUGUUUCACAUGCAUCUCCUUAUUCCAAGAAACCCCAAACCGUGACCAUAAAAUUCCUCUCAACACCAAUUAACAAUCAAACUUCAAUCUUCUAACACAUUUAACCCCCCAAAAAUCAUCAUUGUUGGGAUCAGGAUUUACCCUUUGUCACUGAAAUUACUAUCUCAAGUCACGUCCUCGCUGAUUAACCUUGUGUUUUUACCAUCUGGCAUACCCAAUUUUCCUGCAAUUCACACUGUUCUUUAUUGCUCCCCUUCUCGUAUUCCUCUUUCAUAUCACUCUUAACUCGUACCUCUGAAAUCUCACAACCCGACGAACCCAUUUAUAUUAUCCAUCUAUUGUAUUAUUAUCUUGAUUAAUUAUACUUGUUUCCGUCUGUAGCUUCUAUUUUCUUUUUUUUGCCCAUUUGUAGCUUGUGGGAAAAACCCCGACAUUUUUUUUUCUACUUGUGGCCCUUUCGAAUGGAUUAGUAAUUUUUGACAAAUUCUUUUUGCUUCAAUGCAAGCCCUAGAUCUUGCAUGUAACUCUUCCCUUGACCCGUCUGCAACCGAUCGGACCACCAUGUCCGAGGCCUCCUCUCCGAUCCGCUCCUCGGAAAACCCUGAGAACCCGAAUACCCAUGUGGAAAACAACUGUGUUCAGAACAUUAAGGAAGAUAAUGUUAAGAAUAGUAGUAGAAGUAAUAAUGUAGUAAUCAGGAGGGAGAGGCCGUCCAGGGCAUGUACACAGAGGGCGGCAGCCAGGUUGCAGGCGGCAGCAGAGGCGGAGGCAGUGAUGGCUGAGGCGGAGAGGAAGCGGAAGAAGACCAAGAGGAGGGAGAGGUUGGCGGCCCGGCUUCUGAAGGAGUUGUCUGAUGAGGAGGAGGGGGUCGGGCAGGAGGAGGAGGAGGAGGAAGAGGAACAAGAUGGAGAGGAGAAUGGGUGCCUCUCGUCGUUGCAGCAAUGUAGUAAAAUAGUGACCCCACUGGUGGGGGAGCCGGAACCGUCACAGUUACAGCGAUGGACCAUUCGGUCCAUGUGGCAGCUGGCUUCUAUACUCAAUUUUUUGAAUGUAUUUAGGCAUUUGUUGAAUAUUAAAGUGGAGUUUUCUCCAGAAGAGUUUGAGACGGCUUUGAUUAUGCCUAAUAAUACUUUGGGAGAUAUACAUAUACCAUUGUUGAAGGCAAUUCCUCCUGUCACAAGAAUGGCGCUGGGACAUGGUACUUGGAUAACUGUUUUAUGCCGAAAACUGAGAGAUUGGUGGCAUUGGGUUGCAGACGGAGAUAUACCCAUAGUUGCAUCACAUGGGGCCGAAAUUGAAGCAUACAGCGCACUUGACCCUAGCGUUCGUGUGGUGAUUCUGAAAGCAUUAUGUGAUAUUCGUGUUGAGCAAGAAGAUGUUAGGAGCUUUAUAGACGACUCAAUAAAACAUGGUGUGCCGCUUUCAGUAUUUCGCAAAGAACGCCUUGGGGGUGAUUCACAUGGAAUCUCAUAUUGGUAUGAAGAUGACCCUAUCAUUGGCCAGCGCCUGUACCGAGAGAUUAGGAAGGUUGAGGUGAAGAGAGGAAAAGGAAAGAGCAUACCCCCCAUUCCUCCUUCAUGUUAUCAGUGGGAGGCAGUUGCAACUAAUUUAGAUGAAUUCCAGAAUGUUUCUGAGAAGCUCUUUUCAAGUAAAAAUAGAACAGAGGUUUCUGUUGGGAAGAAAUUGAAAAAAGACAUGCUUCCUGAAGUUGAGAAGGUCCACAAGAGAAAAGAGAGACUGUUAAAGAAGCAACAUAGACAAGCUCUUAUGCUUGAUAACCUGAUCAACAUUGAUGGUCUUGGUGCUGGUCGCUCCCUCCGUGAUAGAAAACCUGUCACCUAUACCUUUGAUGAUUAUGAUCGAUCCAUUAACGAGGCUAUCCAGGUCACCAAGAAGAAACAUCCUUCCCCAGAACCUCUUGACGGAACAGAUCCUCACGUGAAACAUGAAGUUUCUACAAAUGGCGGAUGGGUUGGUCCUUCACAAUAUUCUCGGCAUGCCUCUUUCGGUUCUCUCUCUCCAAAAUCACCAGAUAAUGAUGAAUUUUACGACGAUCACGAAGCUGAAACAUUGGACUACAGCAAUCGCCGAAGGCAGAGGCCUCAGAAGUUGGAAGAGUUUGUUGAAGCUGUCUCAGAUAACGAGGUAGAUUCUGAUAGUGAUGAUGAUAUUGUUGGUGAAGUUGUAUAUGAUGAAGAAUAUCUAAGGAAACGGAAGCAGAGGAAAACGUCGAGCAGCUCAGAAGGAGAUGAAGAAUAUAUAGGGGAUGAAGAAAAUCCCGAAGAGGAGGAAGAUAUCUUGAGUACAAGCGAGGAGAGUGAUGAGCCCCAUAAAUAUAAAAACAAAAUGUUGCCAUCCCGCACCAGGAGGGAAACCAAAUUGAGGUCAGUCGAUGAGCUACAGUCUGGUCUCAGACGCAGUAAAAGGGCAACCAGAACUCGUAUUGAUUAUAGACAGAUUGAGAUGUCUGAAUCAGAAACUGAAUUAAUGAAACCUGAGAAGUCAAAUGCAUUAGACGAGCACCCAACUGCUAGUGAUAAUGAAGGGUUCUCAACAGGAAGUCGAGAUUCAGAUUCGAGCAACGAAAAGCUUGAGAUGCAUGUUGAUCAGCCUGCUGAGGAGCAUCCUGAGACAAAUGAUGAGCAAACGCAUCCACCAGAAAAAUCAAAUGAGACAGAUCGAGACAAAGUUGGUGUACCGAAAAAGCAUUUUCUUGAUCUCAAUGAGCUCGCUCCUGGCUCUGGCUUUGACGAUAUUCCCAACUCUAUGAAAGACGAAGAUAAAGACAAUUUCUAAAGCCCAUCCACCAAAAUGCAAUGAUUGUACGUUCUCUCCCAGAGAAAUUGAUUUGUAUGCUAGGUAACUUAUAAACUGUGGUAAACCCACUCUACAGUGACUAUUAAAAGAGUUCCUAGGCGAAAUUUGAACGUUUAUCUCAGUUUCAUUCUGUAGAAUUGGCGUCGAGCAAAAUUAUAUAGUUUCGGAUAUUCUUAGUAUGUCUUGAUUCGACAGAAAACAAAUGAAGAUGUGUGGAUGGGAAAUUUGUUGUACUGUACAUUAACCUUUUUUAACUGAUUUCAGCAAAAGAAUUUUCUCUAUGAUGCUCUCUA